ACUCGCACAGAUUCCGCGAUAGAUGGCGUGGGCAUAGUUGCCAUUCUCUCCAGACCAUCUGGUCCUGAGCUGUUGCUGCAGAAACAGUACCGGCCUCCUAUUGAUAUGGUCACCAUUGAGAUUCCGGCUGGUUUGGUUGAUGCAGGUGAGACAGCGGAGGAGUGUGCUGUCCGUGAGCUGAGGGAAGAGACCGGGUAUGUUGGCGUUGUCCAGCAGAAAGGGCCUAUCUUAUACAAUGGUACGUAA